GUUGGUGUUUCAUUCCUUCGCCCCGAUGUCUGUGUGGUUGUGGGCGAAACCGCCGCCCACUCUGGCCGUGCCGUGCAGCUAGCUUUUCACGUCGCUGCCCGGCCCAUAUUGCUAAUGGCCUACCUCCGUCCCUGUGGUGCCUGGGCCGCCAUGUCCUACCUUCCUUCGGCGACUGCCAUGCGACGUGUUUUUCCUUCGCGCCGCGGCCGCGCCCUUUUUAUUUCGGCUUCGCUGCGGACAGCCUGGAAGCAUGGCCGCCCUGUCUGGGGCGGCCACCCGUAUCGUAUUAGUUUGUGUGUAAGUGUAUGUAGCGCUGGCGUGGG